AUGAUGACAUAUAUUGUGUUUAUUUUGAGUGUUAUUUUUGUUGUUAGUUUUGUGGGGUUUUCUUCAAAACCUUCACCUAUUUAUGGGGGUUUAGUGCUGAUUGUAAGUGGAGGGGUAGGUUGUGGUAUUAUUAUGAAUUUUGGAGGGUCCUUUUUGGGGUUGAUGGUGUUUUUGAUUUAUUUGGGAGGAAUGUUGGUUGUUUUUGGUUAUACAACGGCUAUGGCUACUGAGCAGUAUCCUGAGGUAUGGGUGUCUAAUACGACUGUUAUGGGGGUAUUUCUUUUAGGGUUGUUGAUGGAGGUUAUGUUGGUUUUAUAUGUUCUGAAGAGUGAGGAAGUGGGGGUAGUGUUUAAGUUUAGUGGUGUGGGGGCUUGAGCUAUUUAUGAUACUGGAGAUUCUGGGGCGUUUAGUGAGGAAAUUAUAGGGGCUGCUGCAUUGUAUAGUUAUGGGGCUUGGGUUGUGAUUGUGACUGGUUGAUCGUUGCUUGUUGGGGUCUUGGUAAUUUUAGAGGUUACUCGUGGAGAUUAA